AGUCCGAGGUCAGGAAGCCAGAUGAACCCACAGACAAGCGGGCAUCCGAACCCAACAUUUGCUGAGAGGACACGGAAGUUGGGAAUGCAGAAGCAAUGCUGACUGACCUGCAUGCAGCCAUGGUACCGAAGCGCGAGCCGGUGAAGAUAGAGGACCGCGAGCGCACGCAAGCAGCGUGCGAGUGCCAGAGUCAAUGCAACAACUGCAAGAUCUUCCUGAGUUUAUUCAUCAUCUCGCUCUCCCUGCAUCUCAUCACGCUCUUCUGCUACCUGGACCUGCGCUCGGAGCUCAAACGCGAAAUAUCCCAGAAAAACAAAGAUGAUGUGCCAUCCACCGUCCCGCACCAUGAAGCUACAGAGCCUGUGCUCUGGUUACCGGACACCGACCACCCAACAAUAAGCGAUCAGGGCAGAUGGAAGGAUCAUAUGCAAGAGCUGGAAAAAGUCAUUCAUCGCACCAAACGUUCAGAAUCUAAUGGAAAAAAGAAAGAGCGAAAAAAGGGCAAGAAAGGACCCCCUGGCACUCCAGGACCUCCAGGUCCACCUGGUCCACAAGGCCCUCCUGGUAUACCAGGGAUACCGGGGAUCCCAGGGAGUAAUGCAAUGGGACCAUCAGGCCCACCGGGCCCUCCUGGACCCGCAGGGCCACCUGGACUACAAGGUCCACCUGGGCCACAGGGACCUUCAGGUGGUGCAGAGAGAAGCAAAUACAGAGAUUCACAGCCUGCUGUGGUGCAUCUUCAGGGUCAAGAGACCACCAUCCAGGUGAAAGAAGAUUUGUCAGAAGGUGUGCUGAGGAAUUGGAGAAUGAUCUCAAUUCAUCAGAGAGUGUUUAAAAUGCACUCGCGCUCUGGAGAGUUGGAGGUCCUUCUUGAUGGAACAUACUUUAUAUAUAGUCAGGUAGAAGUAUAUUACCUGAACUUUACAGACAUAGCAAGUUACGAGGUGAUGGUAGAUAAGACUCCAUUCUUGCGCUGCACGCGGAGUAUUGAGACCGGCCAGCGCAAAUUCAACACCUGCUACACUGCGGGUGUCUGUUUAUUGCGAGCACGGCAGAGGAUCUCCAUCCGCAUGGUGUACGAAGACACCUCCAUCUCCAUGAGCAACCACACAACCUUUCUUGGCAGCAUCCGACUAGGGGACGCCCCAGCUACAGGACACACUUGAGCCAAUCAUCUCACAGAUGGACACAGAUCUCGUUAGAUGUGCACGAGCCAACGUGCUCACAGACCACACCCACUGAAUUAUCUGAGCCAGUAUGUCUCAUUAGCCCCAAGGACAUGCCCAGUCAAGAGCAAGUUUUGAUCUAAUGGGCUCUUCUACAUUUUCACCAAGCAAAUAAUCUUUAGAGAAACUCCAGCACUCCCUAUAGGAUUGGCUUUAUCACCACUGACCAGCAUUCACCACAAGGUCAAACUCUCUCAUUGCACUGAAGUUUAUUGCCAGUCCUCACACAUUAAAGACACAACAUCACCCCAGGCAUGAAAUCAAUCUGUGUGCUUACAAAUUGAAUCAACAGACAUGGGGAAUAAACAGGAUGAAGUGUGAUUCAGUAGUUCAAGGAAAGCCACAGAUCAUGUUUUUGGAUUUUUUCUGCCUUUAUCCUUCAUGGAGUAGAUGUAAAAUCAAUGCCAAAGACACAAACUGCACCUGCUAUAAGUGUGUCUGUAGCUACUGAGAGCUGACGGAUCAAAAUGAACAGUUUUCUGCUUUUAAAACACCGGCAGCAACCUACUCCAAACAGACAUUCACAAAAAAAGCAUAACAAACACAAAUAGCCAAUGAGCAUGGGUACUGUUCUGUUAAAAUUAGCACUGAUAAAGGCAAUGCAUAUGAAACAUAGAAUCUUCAUUUAUCUCAGAUUUUCCAUGCACACGAACAAACAGUCUGUUUUCAACUUGAAGAACUGAAAUUCUGAACAUGCUAGCAAUAUGUAACAUUCUGUAAUCUGGUUCUAUUGUGGUUCUUGCUCAUAAAUUGUUGGAAGAACCGAGUGUGUGUGUGUCACAGUGUGUGUGUGUGUGUGUCACAGUGUGUGUGUGUGUGUCACAGUGUGUGUGUGUGUCACAGUGUGUGUGUGUGUGUGUGUGUGUGUGUGUGUGUGUGUGUGUGUGUGUGUGUGUGUGUGUGUGUGUGUGUGUGUGUGUGUGUGUGUGUGUGUGUGUGUGUGUGUGUGUGUGUGUAGCCUAUCUGAUGGCUGUAGUUCAGGAACGUGCAUACUUUAUAAUCAUUUAAUGCCCCCUAAAACUAGAUUCAUCUCUCUGAAUACAAAAUACCACAUGUGUCCUGCAGGGGUCAGCAUUGCUCCUGUAUAUUAAAUGUAGCACUGAGAAGUUUGGUUGUUCGGGACACCAUACUAUCACACCACUCUUACUAUUGGUGUAGUAUGUAUAUUGUGUGCAAGGAAUUAAGUUUUUGUAUGCAUAGAGUAUCUGGGUAAUCUAAUAUAUUUGGCAUAAUACUAUGUGGAAUAGUCCUGUACAUUUCACAAUGCAAAGUUCCACACAUCUACAGUGAGACGGAUGAACUGGAAUCAAUAUCACACACAGUUUUUAAUAGCUCUUUCGUUGCAUGUAAUAAUGCAUUGCGUAAUGCGUCCCAUUUCACAUAGUUUUUUUUAAAUAGUGGAAAGUAUACAUUAUAUACUGCAAAGUAUACAGUAAGCUAGUAUUCCAUUCUGAACAUAGUCUUUGUCUUUCCCUUUUGCACACAAAUACAAGCAUAGGUUAACUCAAUUACCAGCCUCGUAGUUCAAGAUCGAAUGGGUUUUUGAAAAGAACAGAAUAAUGUGAGUGUAGUUUAGUUAAUAUAAAUUCACAAAAAAAAUAUAGGUUAUUUUUGACCCAGCAUUGGGUGAAAAGGGGUGAACCUGCUGGCUUUGUUUUUUAACUAAUUGUUGGAAAUUUUCAGGGUUAAUUAACCCAACAGCUAGGUUGGUCUUAUAACCCAGCAUUUUAAGAGUACAGAGUGAGAAACAAGCGGCUUAAAAAAGAACCAUGGGAAUUAUCUGGAACUUAAGGAGUGCUGGUAAUCUGCCCUUAGGUUCUCACUGUAUGCCCCCUCAUCCCUACGUGGAAAUGUAGACAACAUGCAGGAUCAGAACAGGAGAAGGUCUGAAUAUGACUGCAUUCUAACAAAUUUGUUGUUUAAAUAUUUUCUACUCUUAAACAUCAGAUCCGACCGACUGUUUGUUUUAGUUUUUGUAUUUGGUGUGUGUCUUUUAGAUAUGUGUGCCUUUUGUAGGUAAACGAUUUGUAUACUGUUAGUAGUCAUGUUUUACUGAAGAUAAUGUAUAUUUGUAAACUAUAC